AUGUCGACCUCGUUCGUACAAAGUGCCUUUCAGCAACCGGCGGCGGGCUCGACUCGCACGUCCAAGGCCCCGCAAAAGGCUUUGUCCAGCUCCAAGGCCAGUCGUAGGAUCCUAGUAGCCGUCGACUUUGGGACGACCUACUCUGCUGCCGCCUGGCUGCAGAUACGAGCUGGAUCGAAGGAAGUCCCAACCAUUACUGCUAUUACGUCCUGGCCUUACAAUGCGAAUACGAUGGAGAAGGUUCCGACCGUGCUGCAGUAUAGCGACCGUGGCAGCAUGAAGUGGGGUUUUGGCUGCGAUAGAGAUCAGGAUGUGUUCCAGUGGUUUAAGCUAGAACAAGAUCCAAAAUACAAGGCCGGACAACUCGCGGAAGCGUACCCAGAUCACACCUUGAAGCCAGAGAACGAGAAGGAGGUCAAAGACCUGAUCACCAAGUAUCUGCGAUUUCUCAGACGCCAUGUUGAGAAGUCUGUCAAGGAAACGCUCGACCCAGGCGGCGGUGGGCAGAGCGUCCUGCUAAGGGACACCCGCUGGGAAUAUAUCAUCACCGUCCCUGCCAUGUGGCCUGAAUCAGCACAGAGCAUAACCGAAAAAUGCGCUAAUGAUGCUGGGAUGGCCCCUAAUCGCCCGGUGAAGAUAAUCGCGGAGCCAGAGGCUGCUGGCAUUCAUGCACUAAGAACCAUGUUCCGAGAGCUCGAGCUGAAGGAGGGCCAAACAUUCGUAAUAUGUGACGCUGGGGGCGGUACCGUCGAUCUCAUUUCAUACAGGAUCACAAAACUUGGCGCUCAACCAGAACUAGAGGAAGCAGCGCCAGGAACCGGUGGGCUUUGUGGCUCAUCAUUCCUGGACCGCGAAUUCUACAAAUGGGUGAAAACCCAUAUGUCAGGGUGCCAGCCUUGGAUGGAAGACGACGGGUAUAUGCAGGACGCGAUGACAAAGUGGGAGUCCGAGAUCAAACGGAAUUUCAAUGGUAUCGACGACGGGAGAUGCCUCGUUCCUUGCCGCAGGAUAGAUGAUGAUGAGCAUCUGAACAUCAAAAAUGGCUCUUUGAAGAUUUCGUGCGAAAGGAUGAAGGAGAUCUUCUCUCCAGUGAUCAAAGACAUUUUGAAGUUGGUGAAGGGCCAGAUUGAAGAGGUACAAAAGCAGCAAAAGCUGCAAGGACAAGAGGCCAAAAUCAACGCAGUCCUACUUGCAGGUGGUUUUGGGAGGAAUGAGUAUCUCAGAGACCGCAUCCAGGCUGCCGUUGGGCAAAACGUGACAGUGAAGAAAAUGGAGGAUUGCACAACGGCCAUAGUCAAAGGUGCCCUCGUUCGUGGGCUCCAAGACAAGCAUUCACCCACAACGGGAAUGCCGACUGUCACGGUGGCGUCUCGGAUGGCGAGGAAGCACUAUGGCACGAAGGCACUGCAGAAAUUUUCCCCGGACAUUCACGACCACAACCAAACAAGGUAUCCUGGUGGCGUUGACGGUGGAGAGAGGGUUGACGUGAUGCGUUGGUUUAAUGCUCGUGUCAAGGAUCUGCAGCCUAUGCCAUUCCAUUUCUAUUACGACCAGCUAGUGGCUGACGCAGACUGGAAUGGGAGAUUAGAUACCAUCAAGCUACCAAUCUAUGCUUGCGAGAUUGACGAUGCUCCAGGCCAUCCUGAUCCUGCGAAUGCUCCAAUUAAGAUCAAUAAAAGACUCGUAGAAGUCAAGGCAAAUCUGGAUCUGAUCCCGAAAAAGAAGCUGAAAAAGGAGAAGGGAGCAGACGAUCUAAUGUACUAUAAGAUCGACUUCCACAUUGUCAUGAUAAGCAACAUGGCAAAUGUAACCUUCAAAUUGGUCCACGACGGAACGGAGUAUGGCACGGUUGAUGCUGAGUGGGACACGACUGAACACGGGUACAGCUGA